AGGUCUGUCCGUCCGUCUUCGUCUUCUGUCUGCUCAGCUGGUGCUGUCCGCUCCGCCGCUCCGCUCGCGUGCAUGCUCACUGGCCGGUAAUCUUUUUAAUCUUGCUUGGGAACAACUUCCCUCUAUCGCUGCCAUUCGUUUGUUUACGCCGGUGAGCUCACUCAGUUGCCAAAGAGUGCCCCCGGGCUCUGUCAGCACCCGUCCGUCAUCUACGGUAAUUAUGCCCAGCACAAUGAGCGGUGAAGGAUACCUUCAACGGAAAGUUGGCUUUGCGACAGCAGCCAUCCAUGGAGGAAACGAGCCGGAGAAAUGGAACUGUCGAGCUGUGGUGCCAGGUAUUUUCACCUCGACCACCUACAAGCAGGACGCCCCAGCCGAGCACAGAGGGUAUGAGUAUGCAAGGAGCAACAAUCCAACCCGUGAGGCUGCAGAGCAGUGCCUGGCAGCAAUAGAGGGAGCGAAGCAUUGCAUGACUUUUGCCUCGGGCCUUGGUGCCACUACAGCACUUGCAGGCCUGCUGAACCAAGGGGACCACAUGGUUGCCAUGGAUGACCUUUACGGAGGCACCUAUCGUUAUUUCAGCAAAGUCUUGAGUCGGAUGGGUGUGGAAAUUUCAUUUGUUGAUGCUCGAGACCCGGCCAAAGUUGCAUCUGCAAUGCGGCCUAACACCAAGAUGGUGUGGAUUGAGACACCAACUAAUCCACUCCUAAAAGUUGCAGACAUCCAAGCUGUCUGUAAAGUUGCCCAUAGCCAGCAAGGUGUUAUAGUUGUUGUGGACAAUACAUUUUUCACAUGCUACAACCAAAAACCUUUGACUUUGGGUGCGGACAUUGUAAUGUAUUCCCUUACUAAAUAUAUGAAUGGGCACAGCGAUGUGAUCAUGGGAGCUGCCCUCAUGAAUGAUGAUAAGCUGCAUGAAAGUUUGAGAUUUUUGCAAAAUGCCAUGGGUAUUGUCCCUUCGCCUUUUGAUUGCUCCCAAUUAAAUCGCAGCUUGAAGACUCUUCCUUUGCGAAUGGAAAGACACAUGAAUAAUGGGUUGUUAGUUGGUCAGUAUUUGGAGAAGCACCCACUUGUUGAGAAAGUACUUCAUCCAGGUCUUCCAUCUCAUCCCCAACAUGACCUAAUCAAAAAACAGUGCUAUGGUGUGAGUGGCAUGUUGUCAUUUUACAUUAAAGGAGGCCUGCAAGAAAGUAGAAAAUUUUUGAGCUCUUUGAAAGUGUUUACCCUGGCUGAAAGUCUUGGAGGAUAUGAAUCACUUGCUGAACUGCCAUCAGUUAUGACCCAUGCAUCUAUUCCACCAGAACAACGAGCCGAACUUGGUAUCACAGACAGCUUGAUCCGAUUGUCAGUUGGGUUGGAGGAUGCUGAAGACCUCAUUGCUGAUUUGGAACAGGCUCUGAAAGCUGCAGUAUCCAAAUAAAUAAAACUGAAUGUAAUCAUCCAUAUAAUGUUUCUAUCAAAUACAUAAUAUAUUAACAUUAUUUUUGAAAACAA